CACUUGAUGUGUGUUUUGGCCCGCUUAAGCGCGCGUACGGAAACUGCUGAAAAGAGAAUGAUUGCUGGCAACAACCAUAUUGACAAGGAAGACUUUCUAUCCCUAUAUCCAUCUGCUCGUGCAGAAGUGUUUACUCCAGACAAUAUAUGCAAAGGCUUUGCAGGAGCUGGACUUAAGCCACUUGAUAAAGAGCGGGUUCUUGCAAAGAUUACCUUUCAGCUUCGUACGCCAACACCACCAGCUUCAGUUGAAAGUUCAGUCUCCUCUGCUUUUCAAACUCCUCAGAAUCCUCACCAGCUGGAUCACAAGGUUCGCAGCUUGCAAAAAAGCCUUAGUGCAAGAAAGCAAAAGCUUUCUAGCAGCCCAAUGUCUCAUAUUCAUCAUCUUGAAAAGGCCGCGCAGAUGGCAAUGAAUAUGAACCUUCUUCUUCGAGAUGAAAUUAGGACUCUACGAGCUGAGACUGAGCGGAAAACUAGAAAGAAGGCAAGAAGGCGUGCUAUUCUAGGUAAUGAUACCCUUUUAUCUGUACAAGAAGGCCAAAAUCGCAUUCAGCAGCUUGAUACGCAGCUUAAUGAGAAGCUUGAUGAGCCUACACCUAUGCCUCAACGGCGAGCUCCACAACGCUGCAGUGGCUAUGGGAGAUGGGCUUUCAACAGGCCCGGCUCAGCCUAUGCUAUCGGCCUUGUUUGCCCUGCGCGACGAGCAAUUGCUGCCCGGCCCGCCGUCGUGCCCCUCCGCUGGAGCUUGACAGGAACAGCGGCCUUCCGUCCAAAAACCCUCGAUUCUUAUGACCCCACCGUGACCAUCCGCCACCGUCGCUUUCUCUCCUACAAUCACGAUCCCUCUCCCACCGACAAGAUGCCUAAGGACAAGCCGUCCUUCACUCUGAAGACCCCCAAGGGGACCAAGGACUGGGCCGGCGCCGACGCCCUCCUCCGCGAUCGCAUCUUCCGCACCAUCACCGAAGUCUUCAAGCGUCAUGGCGGCACUGCGCUGGAUACGCCCGUGUUCGAGCUGCGGGAGAUCCUCGCGGGAAAAUACGGCGAGGACUCGAAGCUCAUCUACGACCUGCAGGACCAGGGUGGUGAGCUCUGCUCGCUCCGGUACGAUCUGACGGUCCCCUUCGCGCGAUGGCUCGCCAUGAACCCGGAUAUUCGGAGCAUAAAGAGAUACCACAUCGCCAAGGUGUACCGCCGAGACCAGCCAGCCGUGGCCAAGGGACGGAUGAGGGAGUUCUAUCAGUGUGACUUUGACAUCGCCGGUGCGAAUUUUGACCCCAUGGUGCCGGACGCGGAGGUGAUCAAGAUCAUCUCGGAGGUGUUUGAAGAGCUGGGUUGGCAGGGACGAUACACGAUCAAGAUCAACCACCGAAAGAUCUUGGAUGGUCUAUUUGAAGUGUGUGGCGUGCCGCAGGAGAAGAUUCGACCCAUCUCCAGUGCCGUCGACAAACUGGAUAAACUUCCGUGGGCGGAUGUCCGGAGAGAGAUGGUUGAGGAAAAGGGCCUUGACCCAGCGGCGGCUGACAAGAUCGAGACCUACGUUGUCAAGAAAGGCGGACGGGAUCUACUGGAUGCGUUGCUGAAAGACGAGGCUCUCACAGCGAAUGCAUCCGCCAAGGUGGGCAUGGAGGAGAUGGGUCUCUUGAUGGAAUACCUGGAGGCUUUCGGAGUUCUCGAUAAAAUUUCUUUCGAUCUGUCGCUCGCUCGAGGAUUGGAUUACUACACAGGAGUCAUCUACGAGGUCGUGACAGAAGGGUCGGCGCCCAGCACGGCCACCUCUGCGCCGGAGGCACAGAACCUGCAGAAGGCGGGAAAGAAGGACAAGGCCAAGGGAGAGAAUGUUGAUGAGGAUGAUCGAUCCAACGACCCGACCGUUGGAGUUGGCAGUGUCGCUGCCGGUGGACGCUACGACAACCUGGUCGGCAUGUUCUCCAGCAAGGCCCAGAUCCCGUGUGUCGGCAUUUCCUUUGGUGUCGACCGGAUCUUCUCCAUAAUCAAGGCUCGGAUGGAGCGUGACAAUAAAGCGGAAGCUCUUCGAGGCAGCGAAGUGGAUGUCUAUGUCAUGGCCUUUGGUGGCAAGGGAUUCACCGGGCUGCUGAAGGAGCGGAUGGAGGUCUGCAAGACUCUGUGGGCCGCUGGCAUUAAGGCCGAAUUCUCCUACAAAAUCAAACCCAAGCUUCCCCAGCAAUUCAAAGCGGCCGAAAAUGGCGGUGUGCCCUUCGCCGUGAUCCUGGGCGAGGACGAGCUCGCCCAAGGCAAAGUUCGCGUCAAGGAGAUGGGUCUGGAAGAGGGCCACCCGGAGAAAGAAGGAGUGCUAGUCGACCUGAAGGAUCUCACAAAGGAGGUGAAAGCGCGGCUAGCGAAGAAGAACAGUGCUGCCGCCACGACAGGGGUAGAGAAGCAAAUCGAGGGCUUGACCGUGCAGGAAACACCCAAGACAGAAGAUGCUGGCGUUUGA